AUGACGACCAGAUGCCAACUGUUCAGUGAUGUCUCAGUGAUCGCAAGGGUGAAAACUGGCAGCGAUCACCGAGCGGUUAGAGGCUCACUGAACAUAAACGUUAAGUUGAAGAAAUCUCGUCUAAUGAAGUCAACAACGCUCUGUCACUCUCGUGAGCUAACCCAAGGUCCCGAAAACUUUCAGCUCGAAUUACAAAACCGUUUUCAGUGCCUAGAAGACUGCAAUAAAGUGGACGAUAUGAAUAACAAGCUCGUGGAAACUGUCCAUGCGGUCGGAGCUAAGUUCUGCAAGACCCGCCGCAGAAGAAAACAAAAACUCUCCGAUCACACUCUUAAUCUUAUGGAUGUUAGACGGGAGAUGAAGCUGCAGUCGUCAGCAGAUUUGACAGCAUACAAGCAACUGAACAUACAGAUCUCAAAUGUAUGCGGCAGGAUUUAUGCAACUUCAAUACAGCUUGUAUUGAAGAAGCGAUUAAGUGGAACCAGAGCUCCAAAGUUGUCAGAGAUCUGUCUGCAGGAAAAGCCAGCUGUCAAAGCUGAAGACUGA